UUUCCUCAAAUGAUGCAGUUGGCUUUAGUGAUGGGGAGGUGAUGGUGCUCCACGCGAUUCGGUUUUUAUAGUCAUUACAGAGCAAUACUGAUUCCUGUUAGUGACAAUCAUAAUGUUGCGGGUUGUGGUAGAAUCUGCGAAAGGUCUGCCUAAAAGUAAACUUGGAAGUACUCCGGAUCCCAUAGCAAAUAUUAUUUUUAAAGAUGAAAAGAAGAAAACCAAAACAAUUGACAGUGAAGUCAACCCAGUUUGGAAUGAAGUCCUUGAGUUUGAUUUGAAGGGCUCUGUGCUUGAUUCCUCAUCUUACAUUGAUGUGAUUGUGAAAGACUACGAAACUAUUGGACAAGAUAAGUUUCUCGGCUCUGCAAAAAUCUCACUGAAAGACCUUGCAACUGGUCAAGUCAAAUCCUUUCCCUGUAAAGAUCUGGCUCUUGUCAAUGAAAAGGGACAGGCUACUGGGGCCUAUGAUAUUAAGGGAGUGCGCACCGACACCAACAGUUUAACUUGA